GUUGCUUAUCAGAUUCACGGGGUUGAACAUUUGGAAACCAACAAGAAGGCAAAAAGGUUGAACGAAGGAGAGACCUAUUUUUAGAGAAGAGUGAAAAGGAAGUAGUGUCCAAAGUUUGAAGCUUCUAACUAAAAGAAAUAUGGGAUUGGACUACUACGAGAUUUUGGAGGUUGAUAAGAAUGCCACAGAUGAAGAGUUAAAGAAAGCUUACAAAAGGCUUGCCAUGAAGUGGCACCCUGAUAAGAAUCCAAACAAUAAAAAAGAGGCUGAGACUCAAUUCAUACUCAUAGCUGAAGCCUACGAGGUCCUAAGUGAUCCCCAGAAAAGGGCAAUUUUUGAUAGAUAUGGAGAAGGUGGCCUUAAAGGUGGACCACCACCAUCAAAUGCAGAUUUGGACCCAUUCUCCUUCUUCCAAAGUAGGGGCGGUGCAACAACGUUUAGGUUUAAUCCCAGAAACGCAAACAACAUAUUUGCAGAAGUUUUUGGGUCUUCAAGCCCAUUCGGAGGAAUGGGAAUGGGGUAUGGUGGUUGUGGCAGUGGCAUAAGGGGUGGAUCGUGGGUGUCAAGGUCCUUUGGUGGAAUGUUUGGCAAUGACGUGUUUGGGGAAGGCAGGCCCAUGAAUCAAGGUCCACGACGCAAGGCACCUCCCAUUGAAAACACAUUGCUUUGCAGCCUUGAAGAGCUCUACAAGGGGACUACCAGAAAGAUGAAAAUAUCAAGGGAAAUCACUCAUGCAAGUGGGAGAACUCUACCUUUGGAGGAAAUAUUAAACAUUGAAAUCCAACCAGGCUGGAAAAAGGGAACAAAAAUCACUUUCCCAGAGAAAGGAAAUGUGCAGCCAAAUGUUAUUGCUGCAGAUCUUGUGUUUAUUAUUGAUGAGAAAUGUCACAAUGUAUUUACAAGAGAUGGUAAUGAUUUGGUUGUGACAAAAAAGAUAUUACACCAAGAAGCUGAAGAUCUAACGGGCUACACCAUCCAACUUACAACUCUAGAUGGCAGACCUCUGACCAUUGCCAUCAACAACGUGAUUGAUUCAGAUUAUGAAGAAGUGAUUGCUGGGGAAGGUAUGCCCAUUUCCAAAGAUCCUUCAAAGAAGGGCAACCUUAGGAUCAAAUUCAACUUCGAAUUUCCAGACCUAGUUGAUGCCACAGCAGAAAGUCAGAAUUAAGAAAUUUCUGGCACCAUAUAAAAAUGGCAAUCAUUGCAGAGUGUAUUUAGUGUAUAUUAGUCAUAUGUUUUGCUCUCCUUUUUACCUUUUUUUGUCAUCCAUUUUUAGGUGAACGUGAUUUGUGUAAGGUAAUAUCAGUGUUGUCCACGCAAAUAAAAUCCAACAUUAUUCGAUUAAGAAUUGAGGUAUAAUAUUUUGAAGACUACAAUUG